AUGGCGUCGAUGAUAACAGUUCCGUCAAAUUUUCCCGCCCUUCGACUUCCCACGCGUUUUCCUGUGAGAAAAUACAACUGCACUUGUGUUGUUGCUUAUCAAAAUGCAACUAAAAUGGGGUUAUUUAUCUCUCAACAUAGUCUCUUCACGCGUGCGCAUGAGAUUGGUUCUGCACGCUUAUCCAGGCCGAUAUACGCAGCGGGUUUAGAGGCGUCUAUUGCAGAAGAAACUCUUUUAAGGUUGAAAACCACAAAGAUUGUUGUCGAGUCCCAAGAUGACAAUAUUAUACAAGUUAGAGUGGACGUGUCUGGGGAUGAAACACAAAAAGUUUUUGAUCAGGUUUUGACAAAUUUGGCACGCACAGCUCCACCAGUUCCAGGAUUUCGCAGACAAAAAGGAGGAAAAACAUCAAAGGUCCCAAAAAGUUUUCUCUUGGAUAUACUUGGUAAAGAGCGUGUCACAAACUUUGUUAUACAAGAAUUAGUAAGCUCUGCUUUGGCUGAUUAUGUAAAGCAGGAAAAUCUGACUGUGAAGGAAAACAAGAUCAAUACCACCCAAUCGGCAGAAGAACUGCAAUCAUCGUUCACCCCAGGGAAUGAAUUUGGAUUCAAUGCUACAAUUGAGCUUGAAAAGGCAGAAAUGGAAAAGCCAAGCGAUGAAUAA